CUCCAGGCGUAUGGUUGCUUGAUCAUCAGCAAUAUCUUUGCAUACCGUCUUGAGAGGGUAGAGGUACAGUACUGGACACGUCGUCCACUUACAACUGACUACAAGAACAAGGUACUUGUAUUGUGCGAACAUAAUUUAGAUCUCUGGCACUUGGCAAAUGCUGUAUGACGUCUAAAAGAAAUCCUGUUGUAGCUUGAUUUCUGACUGCUCGUUUCCAUCAGCAGCGCCUGCCUUCAGCGCAUCACUGACGCCAUGGCCAACCAAGGAGCUAAGAAACGUCUUGAGGAAAAUCGCAAGCGGUUGCAAAGCCUCCGAAUCGCCUUGGCGAUCGGGAUAGCCUUCAAUGCCUUGGUUCGACUGGUGCUCCGGCAAGGAUACACUUCUAAGUGGCACAUAAUUGGAUUUGGAGCAACACUCUUCCUCGACUUGUUCAGCUAUAGCGCCAUCGCUAAGUUCGCGGAACCUGAGUUCAAUGAGAAGGGCGAAGUCGUCUACGGGGGGGCGGAUCUAAGCAUGGGUGGCAUGUGCGCUUACUGGCAUGACCUCCUGUACAUAAGCAUCUUCCUCCAAGUUGCGACAUGCCUCUCAACCUACUUCUGGUACACCCUGCUUGUCGUACCGGGGUUCGCGCUGUACAUGUUGUACAAGAAUAUACUGCAGCCGUACUGGGCUCAGAGCAAGGCGGAACCGGUCAUGGAUGAGGCGACUCGCAAGCGACUGGAGCGGACCCAGCAGCGGGCGGAGCGGCGCAGGAUGAAGUGGCGGUGAAGGGCUUGCGGCUGCGUCUCCGGCGUGACUUUUGGUUUGGAGUUGGGUUGAUGUCAAGGCCUCAGGCCACUGAGAUAGAUACGGAACAACAGCUAUUGCGGGCGUAGUUGGUGUGCAGGAAAGCGCAUGUGGAGCAAGGUGCAUGGGCUUGUCGCCGCAAUAUGUGUAUGACAAUGGUUGGCCAUGUACGUUUAGCGCUUGGCGCGCUGCGGUGUAAUGGCUUACAAGGGGUGAAGGUAAAGCAGCUAGGACCUCCGGAAAGGAAGCCCCAAGAGUGUCAGGAACUUAAGAU